AGACCAGAUGAUUACAAAGGGAAAUAUGGGUCGCCGAAUUGGAGUUUUCCAAACAAAGUUGGCCACCAUUUUUGUGAAAUCUUAUCAGUUGAGGUUUAGCCGGUUACUCCGUUAGUUUUCCUGAGCGCAGCAAGUAACAAUCUCACUCUCAAAAGCGUAUUAUUGCAUAUUGUCUGCACCGCUCGUUUUUCAACUUCGUCGAACCGGUUUAGAGUCUCGACUUUUCGGUGGCGAUUCGGAGACGGAUUGACUUCACAUUACAGCUGACCAGAGCGCUGCAUUCACGUCUUAUAAGUGGCAACGAACUCACAAAGCGCUUAUUUUAUUUGAAUAAAGAAAUCCCUCGUAUUACAAUGAAAAACGUUUUGGAUGUAAUGUCGCUUCAGCAGCACGUGGAGUCGAACAAGGCACAGACCAUCAAGCCCAUCGAUUAUCGUAAGCUCAACAAGCCUGGACUGGUCCCCCACUACAUCUUUGAAUGCGCCGCCAAACUUAAAAUGAAACCUUUGACUGCAGCCUGUGCUGCCAUUGUCUAUCAUCGCUUCUUCCGGGAGGUUAAGCCCAGUGACUACGAUGAGUUCCUAAUUGCUGCCUCGUCCUUGUACCUGGCUGGAAAAAUCAAGGACGACGAAAGCGUCAAGAUAAGAGAUGUGAUCAACGUGGCAUAUUGUACUUUAAACCGCGGCAGUACUCCACUGGAUCUCAACGAUGAGUACUGGUCUAUGCGCGAUGCUAUUGUCCAAGCGGAGCUCCUAAUAACCCGCACUUUGGGCUUUGAUCUCAAUAUUGAUCUGGCUCACAAGUAUCUCCUCUACUACAUGAAAACCCUCCAAGACUGGGUUGGCGCCGAGGUUUGGAACUCUGUUCCUAUCGCCAAGGCGGCUGCCUCCUAUUUGCAAGACUUUCACCAUAGCGCCAACAUCCUCAAGUACAAACCCACCCAUGUGGCCAUCGGGUGCCUCUCGCUGGCCCUGCAAACCUACGGCGUUCAGGUCCCACUGACUGACGAAUCCGAUGAAUCUUCCAUGUGGUACAAACCAUUGGUCAAGGACUUUACCCGCGAAAACCAAUGGGAGAUAAUCGAGAAUGUGAUUGAGGUGUACAAAAAUGAGGCAUUCCUAAACGCCGCCUAAUCUCCCUAAGAAUUUCAUUGCCAUUCGAAUUUAUUUAUUUCCCGUCUUUUCAUUCACAAAAUUUUAUUUCCCUUCACAUUGCAUGCUCGAAUUUCCAUUGCCGCCCAUAAAAAUAAACAUCAAGGAUUGAAAUG